CCUUGACAACGACUGGGUUGCUAUAAUAACUAGACCAACUUUUCGCGCCAGCGCGAACUCCAAGGUUAAAGAUUCCGUCGUAAAAUCGUAGCCGAGUGACGUAGCAACGGUGACACAACAAUGGAGGAGAAUCUGACUCAACAGGAGCCAACGACUAGCUCGCGGGCGACUGAAGAUAUCGAGAAUGAGGAAACAAGAAAAGAAUCCAACGAGAAAGAUAAAGAUGACCAACUCGAUAAGAAAGAAGAAGACAAAACAGAAACUCAGGAGACAGGGGAUGAAAAAGAAGCAGAAGAACAAGAUAUAACAGAGGAAAUAUCCGACAAACUGAAGAAGUAUACAGCCAUCAGAUCAGUACGAUUCACCUACGAAGAAAAGCUAGAUACUCUUCAAUUAAUAAAUGCAAUCGAAGAAAAAAUAAAAGAAAAAGGAAGCGUGUACCAAGUAAGUUACCAACCAAAAAAAACAGUAGAAAUAGCACUGACAACAGUAGCACAAAAAGAAACAUUAGUAGGGCAACAAAUCCAAUUAGGCGAAUGUUGUUACACAUUAGAAAGCUUAGAGUCAGAAUUAGUAGCGAUAACAGUCAGACAUGUUCCGGGAGAGAUAGAUGAGGAAAUGCUUAAACAAAUUUUCAAUAAAUUUGGGAAAGUAUUAAAUGUAUAUCCCAAUUAUCACCCUAAUACAAGAGUAAGGAAUGGAAUAUAUCGAAUCCCUAUAGUGACAAGGAAAAGAAUUCCAAGUUAUGUGGAUGCUUAUGGCAGAAGAUUACAAAUAUAUUACCCGGGGGUUAGGAAAGAAUGUUUAAGAUGCGGGGAUUUAGAACAUGAAAUUAGGGACUGCCCCAUAAAACUUUGCUUCAGAUGUAAGAGUAAAUUACAUCUAAUUAAAGACUGCCCCGCAUGCUAUAAUUGCGGAAUAAUUCACGAAAAAGGGGAUAAAUGUCCUAAAAUCUCAUAUUCAGAAAUACUAAGAAGAGGGCCCAGAAAACACAGUUUAGAAAGGAAGAGAGAGAGAAGCUUAGAUAAAGCUCUGAAAAACAAAAAUGAAAAAAACUUACCAACAACAAACAAGCCACAAGAACAACAGAACAAAAUCCCAAUCAUAGAAACACCUAAAAAAGACACUUUACAAAGAAAACAGCAAAAAUCUAGCGAUAAAGAGGAAACCGAGAAAAACGAAGGGAGAGGUAGAAUAAGAGAGAAAGAAAUAAUAAAACACAAUUUAAAAGAAGUGAUAAAUAGUCAGGAAAACGUCCCUGAAAGAAAAGGGAAAAGGAAAGUAAGCAGAGAAAGGCAAGCGAAAGAAAAGAUAGCUAAGAAAAUCCCUUUCUGGUCAGAAAUAGACCAAAGAAAGGACCUUUCUGAAAAUGAAAAAAUUGGGGAGUUAAAUAGAAUGCUAGGAAAACUGGCUGAGGAAAAAGGAGUUAGAAGAACAGUUUCAGUGUCAGAUUUAUAUAGUUAUACGAAGGUUACACAUCCAAAUACAGAAAAUGAAUAA